AUGGCGAGCCUUAAAUGUGGAUAUGUAAUUGACGUUUGUCAUCCACCCGCAGACGAGGAACAGCUGCUCGCUGGCACCCACCAGCCUGUGGUGAGCUCCGAGCCGGGCAGCGACCUUCAGACCAUCAGCCAGAAUGUCAGCCGGGCCCUGUCGGCGGACGAUAGCGGCAGGCGGCUGGUGUGCCGCGCGGAGCACGAGAGCCUCGACAAGCCCAAGGAAGCCAGCAGACAGCUGCUCGUGCAAUAUCCACCGAAGCGGCUCGACGACAGUCCCAGCAUCACUAUCUUUGGCCUAAAGAUAUCCGCGGAGGGCCGUCUCAACGUGACCGUCCGUUCGAACCCCCGACCCCACGCCGAGUGGACCAUCGGCGAUUUGAAACUGGCCGCGCCCCAAAGGAACGACGACGCCUCUAUAGAGGCCCUUGAACCCGUCCAUUUGGGUGGUGGCUACUAUAACGUGACGCUGGUGCUAUCUCGUGUAGCCAAAGAGGACGUUGACCGCACUUACUACCUGACGGUCACCAACGAUCUGGGCCGGGAGGAUUUCUCCGUCCGCCUCAGCACCAUGGACGAACCUGCCGGUGUGGAAUUGGAGACUGGAGCCAUCGUGGGGAUCGUAGUCGCCGUUCUGAUACUUCUGAUAGGCAUAUUCCUCGUUGUAUUUGCUAAAGCCACCGACAGAUGGUGCUUUGCAGGGCGGUCCCACCGCACCGACAUCCCCGAUGGGGCCGAUUCCGAGGCGCCCCUACCCCCCCACGAUGACGUCAAGGGCUCCGAGAACCCAUCCCACGACCACGGGGAGUACAUCAGCAACGGCGCUAAUGGAGUGCGAGACCACACUAAGAGUUCUGGAGAAUCGACACCGGCAGGGGAUGUGCUUUUAGAGAGUGGGAUGGCGCAACCUUCUAGAACUGACACGGAGAGCGCGGUGGGGGGUCGCGAGAGGUCACGGCUCAGCGCUCUGGGCGCCCGCAUGCGGGCAGCCUUACCUCGUGCACGCGACCGUGUUCAAGCGACCGAACCCAGAACUGACAAUGACGACAAGAUCAAUGCCGAAGAGAAGAAGGGCGUAGUAUACGCCGAGCUUCAACUUGGCGAGCAAACCGCCGAAAAGCCGCCCCCACCCUCCACCGAAUACGCGGAGAUCGUCUACACCGACCAAAACCAGCAAAAGGAGGCGAAAGAG